AUGUGGAUGGUGUCACCACCCAUCGAUGAAGGAUCUCCCCAGCUUGCCUGGCUUUGGGACCACGGCAAAGGUAUUUUCCAGUCCACGAAGAAGCUGUUCCUGAGUGAGCGAGCGGGCCGGGGUCGGACGCUGGAAUUCAUCCGGAAAAACGCUGCUAACGGCCUCUCCGUGGCCAAUCUGGUGGCGGGGCUCUCCUCUGUCCUCUGCAGCCUCAACAGGCAACACCACCACUCCUGCUGGCUGCUGCUGGUAGGGUUUCUGCUUGAUCUGGCCGACGGAGCCGUCGCCCGGCAACUUGAUGCCUGCUCGGCACUGGUGACGGGGGGGAACAUCACACUGCUGCGCGUCACCGCCAUCAUCAUGAUCCUCUUCAUGGUCGAUCGGGGCUUCUACCCCCACGACAAGGUGCUGGAAUCGCAGCUCUGGAAGAAAGCGGUUUAUGCCGGAGGGGUGGCAGCCGUCCUCUUCUUGCCUGCAGCGGCAGCUUCCGUCUAUUGCCUCGCCUGGUCGACGUCCUACAUCAUCUUCCCCUUCGCCAUCUGGAGCUCCAAAGCCUAACCCUUGCCUUCGCCUAAUACCUA